AUGUGCCUUCCCGUCUUCUUCCUGGCUUUGCUCUUUUCCCUUUGCGCAGCUAAGGGCUCGGACCCAGACUCGACCGCCCGACUGUUCAAUUCCACAACUGCUGCCAUUAAAGAUCUGCCGGUCUUCUAUGAGAUAUCGGACAUAAAUCUGGUAGACGCCGACCAUGCAUUGGAUUCCUUCUGGGCAGUCAAUUACAUCCGCACGAUGGACAACCGCGGCUUCCUCGUCAGUGCAAAUGCGAUCAUCCGCAACGGCAGCGCAACCCAACGCGCCGGUAUCAUGUCGCUCGACGAUUCUUCCACCCUGUUUGCAACAAACUAUCAAAACGUGGGCAUCGUCCGAGAGAACAACGGCACUCGUGACCCCUUCAACCUGACCAUGCCCGGUGGACGGUUCGGUCUCGAGACCAUGCCUCACCGCGCUGCUGCUGCUGCUGCUGAUUCUUCCCCGGAGGCAUUGCCCCCAAUGAGGAUCUUCAGCCAUCUCCCUGAAACCGAAUUCGACAUCAACCUCGAAUUUGAGGGCCCCGUGAUACUGAAUGCAGGCCUCGGUUCGUGGCUUUGGGCCGGCGGUAUCCAGCAUCAGAUAUCGCUACCAGCUGCUCGACCUCGUGGCACCAUCGUCGUCGACAAUUCCACGCUGUUCAUCGACUCCUCCAAGUCUGUAACCUGGUAUGAUCGGCAAUGGGGGCCCACGAUGCCCGACCACUUUACCUGGUUUGGGCUCUAUCUAACUGCGGAAGAUGGCACGGAGAGUUACAUCUCCAUCUGGAACUGGGAAGACGACAUCAAUGGCAACAAAUCCUUCGCCACCAUCCAGAACCAGGCCGGCAUCAGCACCGUGCUCCCGCUAUCGAGCUUCCAGCCCUCAAAGAAAGACCUCUUCCACUCCAAGGUCUCCGGUCAAGCAUACGCGGUACACCAUGAUAUCACACUGAUGGAUGGCUCGCACCUUGUUGUCAAGAGCCCGCGCCCGGAUCAGGAGUUUGUCGUCGAUAACUCUCGUAUUGGGUUUUACUCUGGAUACGUUAAGGUCUCUGGUGAUUACACGGGCCACGGAAUGGUUGAUAUCAUGCCCCCGAUGUAG